UAAACAGGCGAUAAUAGCACAUCAUGUGGUGCAUGAUAAUAACUACCCUCUCUCCUUCACCCUGCUCUUUUUGGAAUUUUUUCCACUUUCUUCGAUGGCUACCUGCUCCGGAGGCAAAGAAGAAGAAAAAAGAGAAGCAGAUGAACUCUUUCAGAUGAAUGUACGCGGACGAAGCAGCAUCAGAGCUGUUGUUGAACCUUUGGAUGCUGGAAGUACCCUUUCAGGUUUAUGUUCUGAGAGUGAAAUUUUGGAUCAGUGAGGAUGCUUUACUUUCAUAAGAAUCACAAAAUCAACUCAAUCAGAUGAGUGUGCCCAUAAGAGUAAGGGUGGCUGAAGGCCUGAAAAAGACAACCGUGGAACCUUUCCUGUUCUUCAUCAUGUUCGGUUACAACGUUCGAAUUGUCACCAUUCAAAGUUUGUUCCACGACAGGGCAUGCCGUAUCUCCCUCAACUACUCGAACCACAUCUGUGACAAUCUGGACAGCGUGGACAACGACUACGAACAGAUAAAUGCUGUCACUCUGGGCAACAAUUAUUACAACGCUUUUGUCAUGAUCUCCACAAUACCCGCUCUGGUGAUGGCCACUUUCUUAGGAUCCCUUGCCAUAGCCUUUCCCUACACAAGAAGGUUGUUCAAGUGGGAUGUUCCACGCUAUUCUUACACAACUACAUUCUUCAGUUUGUUAAACGCGGUGGCCACUUUGACCCUAGUGCCCAUCCUCAACAAGAGGCUACUCGUUCACGAGGCUGGUGUUGGACUCAUCGGUAUCCUCUCUCUGAUGGCAAAAAUGAUACUCAUGUCACUCACCAUGUCAGAAUCUAUCAUAUUCUACGCUUGGUUUGCUGGUACAAUGUAUGCAUGCGGAGGAAUAGCUGUCAGAUCAAGAAUGUCAAAACUAGUCAGCAAGCAGGAAUUAGGGAAGGUUUUUUCUCUGCUGGCAACCUGUGAAUCUCUGACUCCUGUUUUGGGGACCAUUUCCAUGACACAAAUCUACAAUUCAUCUGUCCAUUUCUAUCCAGGUUUAGCCUACGCAUCAGCUGCCAUCUUUCUUAUUCCAGCAACCAUCAUCUUUGCGUGGAUGACAAGCUUGUCCUACAUUCAGUACCAGGAAUCUGAAACUGCCAAAAAGUCUAAAGAACUCAAAGAAGUUGUCCAUUUUAAUCAGACCAAGUACUGAACUCACUUGCUUUUAAAUAUGUACAAACGAAAUUGUUCCAUUCUACUAUUUUCAAGACUAUUUUUAUUAUUCAAAGCUUAGUUCGAAGCACGAGGUCGACUUUAGAACAUUCUACGACGGGAUUAGCAGAAAAACGAAAUGGAAUUCUCUGUUUGGUUAAGCGCAAAUAAUGGCAAAAAUAUUUUAUAUAAAACUACCAAUAAAUCAAACUGCUUUUGAAAUUGCAAUCGCACUACUGUUGUUGCAAGAGAUUACACGACCGCAUGUCUGGUAUGUUUCUGCAGAGCAUCUCUUUGGACACGUCAAUCAGAUAAUUAGGUAUUUUUGCAAACACAACUCUUCGAAUAAAGAAAUAAUUGCAAUCAGGCGGCUGAAGCUGAAGAAUUAUUUUUAAGCAUUAAAAGAAAGAAAAAACAUUCCAUUUGAACGGAAAUUAAACUUGAGAGUUUAUUGUAAUACUAGUGGGCUGUGCCCCCUGCUCGCUGACGCUCGCCAACCCCCGAAAAUUGCUACGCAAUCUUAUAUGGUUUGCUUCGCAAACCAAGCUCACUUCGCUCGCUACUAACUUAGGUACAUU